UACUAUGGCCGGAAGGGUUUAACUAAUUUAGUUACACACUUCUGGCCGUAGUAAAAAAGUAUACAAAAUUGCCAAAUACGCAUUGCUAUAUUUUCUGUAGUUUACAAUGUUUUGCCGCCAAACUUGGUAAUUUUACUAAAUUUAGUAUGCACUUUUUGGAAAAUUCCUUUUUGUUGCCGAAAUCAAAAGUUGGUCUAUUAUGCCUUUUGCAUUUUCCAUCACAUGUGUACAUGUCAAAAUACUUUAUUUUCAUUAAUAACGAAUGCUUUAGCGCAUUUCGAAAUUUUUGUUUAUAAGUAAGGGAGUGGAAGUGGAAGGUAUUGGAAGGUAUUUGCUUACCCGUUUCUGUUCUCGUCUUUUUAAAAAAUCCUUGCAAAUACUUGCAGUAGAGCGGGGGGGAUUGUCCUUGACAAUAUUCAAUAACCUAUAUCGCGUGUCCUAAUCGUCGGACACAUUUUGGUGUUGAAUGAAAAAGCGAUGAAAUCGUUGUGCUCACAUGAUGAUGGAUUAUGUCUAAGAAACUAAAACGUGGCGCAUUGUUUAAGGAUAUCAUACAGAUCGUGACGGCGUAGGGACUGCUUGACGGGAGACAAGUUUUGUGAUUUAAUUCUGUUUCAUCAUGACAAACUCGAGCGAUGUGUUAGACCAUGAAUCAAGCGCUGAUAGAAUUGUCGUCGGGCUUCUCUGUGUCAUUGGAAUAUUUCUAAACACAGCAACAUUAAUAGUUAUGGUAAAAAAUUUUACAAGAAUAUUCGGCAGGGCGGAAUCUUGCUUCGUGACGAAUCUUUGUGUUGCUGAUUUAGCGACAUGUGUCAGUGGAUUGCUUUGGACGAUCUUUCCAAUUUCAAAGUAUCCUAGUUCCCUAGUUAUUGUAUUACAUUGCUUACAAUGGGCUACAGUAUCUGCAUCUUUUCUCACGCUAUCGUGUAUGGCUAUAGAAAGGUUGUUGGUUGUUGUGAAUCCUAUUAAAGCGCGGCGUAUGCUAAAGAGGCCGUUCGUGUCGGUUUGCUGCGCAGUUGUAUGGGUUAUCUCAAUUGUACCAGCGUCAAUGAUUGCGGUGAAUGCACAGAUAGCGCAAUGCAUCAUGGUAGUAAUGUUCGAAUCAUGUUUGAUCAUAACCAUAGGAUGUUAUAUUCGGGUUUACUUCAUCGUUAAAAAACUCAACCGUGAGGGUUUCCACACUACCGCGCGUUAUAAUGUAAAGGAUUCGAAGCUAAAAGUCGAAGAAAGUGAACCGGCGCUUCAUCACCGAGUAGCUGUACGCCAAGAAUCACGCAUUACAAAUUUGGUUUUUCUGCUGGUCGUUAUUUUGGCUGUCACGGUUCUACCUUAUAUGGUACUGUUACAAGUUGUGAUCGCUCAUAGCUUAUCUUGCCAUUUGAGUAAAUGCCCUUGGAGUUCGAGCAUGGAAAUUGCCCUUGAUAUUCUGUUCCCGAUCGAGAUGUUGAAUUUCGUCAUAAAUCCCGUCAUCUAUGCCUGGCGUUUGGCCAAAUUUCGACAAGCAUCGAAAAGGUCAUUCAAACAGUUUAUUUGUUGCAAAAAGCUGAGUGUGGAUUCCGACGGUAUGAGAAGAGAUGACUGUUCUUACUCUAAUUCAUCUGACUCAAUGGCCAAUAGCCCAGCGACUAUUUUUACAGGCGGAAACCCGAGAAGUGAGAUGCUCAAUAAUAACAGACACUCGUGAAUUCUCCUAUUUGUUACAGGAAGAGAAAAAAAUGACCAAGUCUGCCCAAAUAU